CUCUAUCAUUUUUCUUUGCCCGAUUUCAUUUCCUCCCUCCUCUCCCGCUCCCCAAACUCAAUUCCCCUCCUUUCACCUCCAUGCUUGUUCUUUCCACGCUCCCACGGCUCUCCCUCCCUUUCUCUCUCUCUCUUUCUCUCUCUUUCCUGCAGAGCCGGACUGGGCGUCGCUGACUUUGGGUGUGUUUGUUUGCCAGGCCUGCUCGCUCCUUCACCGGAGCAUCCCCCACAUCAGCCGGGUCAAGUCUAUCCAGGACACGUGGGAUGCCAGUGACGUGGAGUUGAUGGCUGCCACAGGAAACAAUGCAGCCAGGGCCAAAUAUGAGCAGAAGGUUCCUGCUUUCUACUACAGACCAACACACACUGACUGCAAGAUGCUGAGAGAGCAGUGGAUCAGAGCCAAGUACGAGAGGAAUGAGUUUGAGUUCAUCGAAAAACAGGAACCUUACUCUGCAGGGUACAGAGAGGGGUUUCUAUGGAAACGAGGAAGAGACAACGGUCAGUUUCUCAGCCGAAAGUUCAUCCUGUCGGAGAGGGAGGGGGCGCUGAAAUACUUCAACAAGCAGGAUGCCAGGGAUCCCAAAGCGGUGAUGAAAAUUGAAACCCUCAAUGCCACCUUCCAACCGGCCAAGAUUGGCAACCCGUGUGGCCUGCAGAUCACCUACCUGAAAGACAACAGCACAAGGAACAUUUUUGUCUACCACAGUGAUGCUAAGGAGAUGGUUGACUGGUUCAACGCUAUCAGAGCAGCCAGGUUCCACUACCUACAGGUGGCCUUCCCUGGAGCAAGUGACGAGGAGCUGGUGCCCAAACUGACCCGAAACUUCAUGAAGGAAGGCUUUAUGGAGAAAACAGGUCCAAAGCACACGGAGGGCUUCAAGAAGAGGUGGUUCACCAUGGACGACAGGAGGCUCAUGUAUUUCAAAGACCCUCUGGAUGCGUACGCCCGCGGCGAGGUGUUCAUCGGCAGUAAGGAGAACAGCUACACCGUCCUGUCCGGCUUGCCCUCUUCCACACAGGGCUACCACUGGAACCACGGCAUCACCAUCGUCACGCCGGACAGGAAGUUCCUGUUUGCCUGUGAGACCGAGGCCGAGCAACGGGAUUGGAUAGCUGCCUUCCAGAGGGUGAUCAAUCGACCAAUGAGGCCGCAAGAAUACGCAGUGGAGGCCCAUUUUAAACACAAGCCUUGAAGACUGCAGGAAGCCACGACUCAGCUGGACCGGCCCAGUCUCAUUCAGAUCAAGAGACAAUCCCAAUGUGUGACCACAGACCAUGGCGGGAGGUGUUGGGGUGGGGUUUUGGGGGACAUGAGGGGGUUGUGGGAUGGUGAGGAGAAAGAGACAGAGGGACACAAGCCUAUCUCUGUGUGGAAAACUUGAACUCUAAUGUGACUGAAGGCCCAUCAUGGGGUGAAACGUUGGUGAUCAGAGGCCAAAGGGUAGAUGAUGUCAUCACUAUUGCGCCUACCAACCUUGUGCUAUACAUUAUCAUCCUUCCCUUCCUCAGCCGUGUGGACCCUUUCCCUGCAAUGACCUUCCCCUCUCUCAGAUUUCGUCUCGUGAAUGGUUCAUUCUACCUGUAAUCUAAUGUAAUUAUGUAAUCUAGAGUCAUUUCACUGGUUGCUUAACAAAGACAAUGCAUUGUUAAUUUAUUGAAUGUACAGUUUUGAUGACAGUGGCUUACCGUGUGUGUGUGUGGAAUCGUGACGUUUUUGUUGAGGACGCUGUGAGGUUGAACCUCUGGCACUGAGACCCUGUUAAACCUGAACCUACAAAGUGCUGUUACCAACAAAUAUGCAUAAAAACACACACACACAUACAAACUCUCAGUGAUCACCGUAGCUGUUAACGUAGCUGGAGGUGGCUGAUCUGCAUCCAGACAGGGUUCUUUUACAACCUCAAUCUGACAGCUGUUCUCUUAUUUAUUUGUACUAUUGAACAUACUGAGUCAUCGUAGACAGUUAUUGCUGCUUUAAAGGAUUGUAAUGUGACAGGAUUGUAAUUUAUAUAACACUUAUACAGCUGUUUUAUUUACGUUUUUGCAUCUUGUUUUAAAGACACAUUGUUGUGUUGACCCUGAAAUCACAGUGAUAGUUUGUUUCAUUAUGAAAAUCUUAACAUGAAUACAGAUGAAGCUGAAAUCAAGUG